AUGGAGAUGCAAGCGGAUGAGGAUAAUGGUAGUAACAGUAAGUAUAUCAUUUGCGAUGUGGCUUUAUCAAAAAUCAUAUCAUUUGAAAACGUCAAGCGGUCGUUAGUCAAUCGUACGGCAGGAACACUGCUACGACCGAUUGUUAUUGAUGGACCGUUGAUUGGCGUCAGCUACGAUGAAAAGUACGCAAUGAACGAUGAUAUGUAUUUUGAGAACUACGUUGGACAGAUGAAAGCAACCGGAAAGACACGUACAGGAUUCAAGAUUAUGAAACCAUACCCGGUGCAAGCUCUGGUGAAGAUUUUGUUUUAUUUUAUUGCCCGUGGACAUAAGACGACUGCUUUUUUACCGGUCUUUUUUGACGAACGGUUAGAUGAAUCGUGUUGCAAUCGAUGUGCGUUGGUUAGUAAUGUGGAGCAGUUCCGUGAGCUUGUGCUCUUGAAACUGAUUAAAUUCCUACCACAUAAAGAUUUUGCAAAUGAAAUAAAGCAUUAUGCUGCCGACUGUCAUGGAAUUUUGGUUACUAACCCGGAGGCAUUCUAUUUUAACAAUUUUAAUUUGCAUCGAAAUGAUCACUCGGAACAGGGCAUCACAUCUGCCAGUGCAACAAACACUUCAUGUGAUUUGAUGUGUAGCACCGCGAUAUUCGAAAUAUUGUCCGAUAAGAACAAAGUGCCAGUAAUUAUACCUCUUUUCCGACCUUACAACCACCGACUGGUCAUCUCCUUAGAUGUUACUUGGAAGAAGGUAUUGCAAGUUGAAAAGCCAGAAGUCAGUGCUUCUGAUUACAGGUUGUUAGUUAAUGAACAAUUGAUGCUUCAGACGCAAUUUAGAUUGCUGAGCAAGUUAGUCUCCAUGAUGGAUGAUCAAUUUCCGUGUGGUCCAUCUGAUGCUGACAUUGUUCCACUUUUUCAGUAUACACUAGGAUUUACUGAUGAAGCAAUAUCUUCAGCGAGUUUAUUUAAAGAUUGUGGUGAUGGAGAAUAA